AUUAGACAGCCAUUGAAGUUAGUACCUGUCUAAGCAGACAGGUAUCUGACGAGACUUGGGGAUGAUGACACUGGAUAUGUGUAAUCUACAAACUGCUCUUGCAAUCCUUGCUACUUUAUGUUUGACUGUCAGUGGAUAUAAAAACGGAAAAGUGGAGAAAGCUUGUGAGAGCAUGUUGCCGGAGCAUCACAGCCAUCCUAACACCACUACCAGUCCAUACACACUGACUGCUAGUGUCAGUAAAUUCAGCCCAGGAGAUCAGAUCAAAGUCACUCUUUCUGGAGACAAGCACUUUCAGGGCUUUCUGGUGCAGGCCAGAGAUGCCUCAAACCCUGCCGGAUCAGCCGUUGGUUCGUUUAUAUUGGUUGAUCCCAAGAUUUCUCAGCUUUUGACAUGCAACAACAUAGAGGGUUCUGCUGUUAGUCAUACAAGUGAUGCUCAAGAGACAGAAAUUCAGGUGAUCUGGAAUGCACCGCCCGAAGCUCCUCCCACUGUUCAGUUUUUUGCCACCCUGGUUGCCCACUACAAGACUUUCUGGGUUAAACUUCCUGGUCCAGUCAUAUCUCAAAAGGGAGUGACUCAGGCCCCACCUCAAUCUACCAGCACUGACAUGUUUACCAACUCUGCAACAACCACCUCUAUACUUCCUCAACCAUUUACCUCAGAGGGAUGUGGGAGGUGGAAAUCUUGUCUUGUUGAUCCUGUAGGAUGUAACCCAUCUGUGGAUACAAGCUGCUUCUUUCUUUCUUAUUCUACUGUGGGUCAGGCGGUUCUGUUUGAGCUCAGUGGCCCAGCAGAGGCAUAUGUGUCCUUUGCUCUGUCCAAAGAUGAAUGGAUGGGAGAUGAUGAUGUAUACUUGUGCACAAAUGAUGGAGGUCACGUAAGCGUGGAUGCAGCACACACAACAGGCAGAAGAUAUCCAGAGGUGGCAUCCAAGUCUGUACUGACUGAUGUAGGCUGGAGAGUUUCUGACGGGGUGAUUCAGUGCCGGUUCUCCAGGGCCAUUAACACUCCUCAGGACCUGGAUCGCUUCAGUCUAAAUCACAGUUAUUAUCUGUUCUUUGCACAUGGCACUGCAGAUUAUGGUAUGAUCCACAGACACAAGCGACAGCCACUGAUAUCAGCUCAUCGUCAGCUUAUAACUGGACCUCCUAACAUACUGACAGGCUCUCGAUCCCCACUGCUCAUGAAAUCUCAUGGAGCCCUAAUGCUGAUUGGCUGGAUGCUAGCAGGAAGCACUGGAACAAUAAUGGCUGGCUAUUUUAAACCUGAUUGGCCAGAACAAACAUUAUUUGGACAAAAGAUAUGGUUUCAGGUGCACCGUGGAUUGAUGUCUCUUACAGUGUUACUCACAGCUGUGGGCUUUAUCUUCCCUUUUGUCUACAGACAAAAAUGGAGCUCAAGAGCAGGUGCUCAUCCAUACCUAGGCUGCACUGUCAUGAUUCUUGCUUUUUGUCAGCCUAUAAUGGCUGCUUUCAGACCACCCCCAGACUCCUCAAGGAGGUGGAUAUUUAAUUGGUUUCACUGGGGUGUGGGAAGUGCAGCUGAAAUAAUUGCAGGAGCGUCUAUGCUUUCUGGAAUACAACAGCAGUCUCUCUUGCUGCCUUAUCCAUGGACCAAGGGAGUGUUGUCUGGCUUUGUCGUUUGGAACAUUGUAUUAAAGCUAGUGUUACAACUUCAUAAGCGAGGUGUUAUUAAAAAAGGGAGUAAAGAUGAAGAUGAGACUCCAGUUCUCUCAGAUAUUUCAGGAAGUGCAAGCUGGGAUACCAAGUUUAGAGUUGCUGUCCUGGCUCUUUUUGUGCUGGGAAACUCAGUAUUCUGUAUCUCACUGCUCGACGCCAUAAAUCGCAUAUGAAUCAUAUCGCAAUUUCUCAGG